AUGAGACCAUCGUUUAGUACUCCUCAACUAGUCACACCGAAUGGAGAGCUCCUUCAUCCUGACGGACCAGCACAUGAGAAAAAGUCGAAUAGUGGACGUAACAGCGAUUCAAUCAGUGUUAAGAGGGCGUUGAGCGCUGAAAGCUCGUUUAUUAGUGACGGCUACUGGACGCCGAGGGAAACGCUGAACAAAUAUCACUUCGUGCGUCGCCAUCAUGCCACCACCGCUAGCGCGGAAGAACUGAGCGUUGACCAACCAUCGAAGGAAUCAUCGAUGGCCAGUCGAAUACGAUUCUUAUCACCACCUAAGAAAUCGCCACGAUCAAUGCAACUGCCAGAAAACGACUGUAAUGACGUCAAAUUCGACUAUUUUGAUGUGAUGAAGAUGCAGUUAACAAGGAUGAGUGAAGACAUUAAAAGCCAAUUCAAUCGAUAUCCAGAGAUCGCCAACGCUGCUGCCCAAGCCGAGCCAAUCGAUAUUCAUGGGAUCGAUGCGAGCGCGGCCAUUGCCGCCGGCGCCGUCUGUAAGCGCGCCCGCUUUUCUUUGUGA